UUUGGUUCAUAACAUCAAUGCGGAAGGAGAAAGUAGACGGAUGUUGAGAAACUGUUUCCCCUUUCUUUCCAAUUUAUACAAAGAUGUCUGAUCGAAACAGACAGGUUUUGUUCGAGAUUCUUCAAAAAGAUGGAAACAAUCGAUGUGCUGAUUGUCACACUACUGAGCAUGUAGACUGGGCCUCAUGCAACCUGGGUAUCUUCCUGUGUCAGGACUGCGCAGGGAUCCACCGUAGUCUGGGAGUGGACAUCAGUCGCGUCAAGUCCAUCAAGCUGGACUACUGGGAUGAUGACUUGGUCAAGAAAAUGGCGGAGGCUGGCAAUGAGAAUGUGAAUAAAUACUACGAACAACAUCUUCCUAAGUAUUACAGAAGGCCCUCCAAGUCAGACAAAGAGCUUUUGAGAGUUCAAUUUAUCAAGGCCAAGUAUGAGAGGAAGGAGUUUGUGUAUCCAGACAAACAGGCCCCCUAUAGCGCAAACAAGAAGGAGGGUCUCCUCAUGAAGAAGGGAAAGGAUCGCAAGGAUUUCUUCCCUAGAAACUUUGUGGUCAACUCCUUGGACAACAGUAUUCAGUAUUACAAUAAGACACAGUUGAUUGAAUCCAUACCUCUUGAUGAUGUGAAUGUAGUCCUAGUGUCGGACAAGGCUCGCGAGAAACAGAAUUGCUUUCAGAUUUCCUAUCCAAAGGGAAAAUCAACCCGCCAUAUCUUUGUAAGCUGUGAAGACCCCAAGGAGGCGGUGGAGUGGUACACGGUCAUUCGCAGCGCCAAGUGGGACAGACGUCGCCUGGCCUUCCCAGCCAUGAGUGAGGACGAGUUGGCCAAGGAUUUAACCACAGACUUUGGGUGUGAGGGCUGGCUGAACAAGCGCGGGCCCAACAUGGAGCCCUACAAGAGGAGGUGGUUCACCCUGGACCGCAGGAAACUCAUGUACCAUUCAGAACCCUUGGCUGCCAUUCCAAAGGGUGAGAUGUAUAUUGGCUACAAAGAUGUUGGCUAUUCUGUGGAGAACAAUAAUACUCGAGGUAAGGGUGACCCCCUGGAGUUCCUGCUGAAAACCCCAGACCGUGACUACUUCCUGAAAGCAGAGACCUCGGAGGACAAGGAUCGGUGGAUCGAUGUUCUAACGUCAAUCAUCUCCACCCAACCCUCUCAGGCUGAUAUUAAGUUGUAUACUGGUAUGGUGCGGAGCGGGCGGUGAAAAUCGCAUCAUUUCCCUAGCAACGGACUUCAUGUUUGUCACUCUACACUUAGUACACAGAUGUAUGCACGCACACAUUUCUGCUGAGAAAUGUUUGGACUCAUAAAAUAUGACUGUUAUAUUAUUUGUUAUGCAAUAGCUUUGGUGUGAGACCGCAAACCAAGUGUUCUUUUAAGCUUUUUAAUUAUAUUUAUAUUUAUAAGAACAAAGUUAUACACUGAUGUAUCUUGUAUUUGUUAUGAAUGUUUCCAAUAAUUUACUGUGUAUGUCUUAAAAGCGGAUUGUUUCUGAUUGAUAUGGUUGUUUUCUAGAACAUUCCUUCUAAAUGCCAUAGGAAUGUUUCCAGUAUGUAUCAAAAGCAAAGCACAUUAUUGUUGCAUGCAAACUAUGUGACAUACUUAGUGAAUCAAAACAUGUUAACAACCGGUGAAAAUAUUAAUAAGUGCAAGUUUUUUGUUGAUCGUAUUAAACUUGUUCAUCACAUACCAUAGACUUUAUCUUACCGGGUACAAAUAUGCGUAGAAUGUAUUGAUUGAAGCAAAAGAUAUUUGAUGAAAAGUAAAAGUAAUGCAACUCUACAUAAAAAUUCUGUGAAGAAUAAUAAUUAAGCUUUUUAUUUUACUCAUUUAAGUGACAGUUUAUAGCUAUAUAUGGGAAGAAUCGUAAGAAAACGUAUUUUUAUUGAGGAUAUCACUGAAAAUCUGGUUGAAGUUGGUUGAAAACAAACAAUAUAGUGAUUUUUAUUUUGGGGUUGAGUACGUUAAAGUACGAAAAUGACCUAAUUAAUAUUCAUGAUUCAACAGUAAAUUUCAAACAUAAACAAAAUUGCGGAUACGGGCGAAUUUAGCGGAGAGAAGGUAAGAACAAAUGCAAAUACAUCUGUUACAGACGGAAACUGAGUUGCAACGAUACGUUUUUGCUAAAUCCAUGUAUUUAUCUUCCAUAUGCUAAUAAUGUUUAGGGAAAGCUAAAUAUAGUUAUAAUUUGUAUAACUCGAGACGCUGCAAUGAUUUUCGCCUAUUGCAUGUAUUUAUGAAUAUUUAUAUAAUAUUAUUUUAUUGACCAGGUUUUCGAUGUCAACCUCCAUAAAAAAUAUAUUUCAAUGAAUUUUUGUAAAGUUUAUUUCUCGCUAUACGAUUUAUAUGCAAAACAACGUUCUAUUCUGCGAACUGUCACUUUAAAUUUAUUUGAUAUGUUUUGUUUAUAUGAUGUUGUAUCAUUUUAUUUCUUUCAAAGUGUUUUACAGAAAUAGUUUAUCUGGUAUAAACUCACUGUUAUUGUUGGUAUGGUGCUGUUAGCCGUUUUACCUUGGUACACUUAUUUCUAUGAACUAAUACAUCAAAGUGCAUUUAAAAAUCGAAGAAAUAGUUUGCAUUUUCAUAUGCCAUUAUACUUUUCCUUGUACAUAUUUGUAACAUUAUAAUCAUUCUUUAAUUUGAAGAUUCAAUUCCAUUAUUGAUAUUGGAUUGAACAAAUUCAUCAUGAUAUGUUAUGAUUACACUUAAAAUAUGUUUUUUCUUGGUAAAUAUUUUUCCUGGGAACAUAUAUUCAAGAAAUUCUCAAAAGGGAAAGAGAAAAAUCGCUACAAAACAACAACAAUAAGAAUCUAGAUUUAAUAAAACAUCUGACUAAGUAAGAUGUUUUUGCUGUGUUACUCUAAAAGAUGUACUAAAUCUUUCUAUUGGUAAUGAUUUUUAAGAUAAAAAUUACCAAAAUAAAAAAGAAUUUAGUCGAAACACACUCACUAUCAAUUAAUAAACAGUAUUUUCUUUAUUUUUUAUUUGCAAAUGGUAUUAUGAGAAAUUGUAUAUAAGAAAAUUGAUGUGUUCGAGAACUUAUUUUUCUACUUAUAUAUCUGUAAUAAUAUAUUUAAGUAUUUUUUAUACAUAUAAGUAUUCUCAUACAUUUAUAUAUAGCUAAAAAGCUGAGCAUGUAUUUAGAAAAAAUUAAAACCUCUAUUUACACUUUCCUUUAGUUUAUUUGUAAUAGCUAACAUAAUAGUUUUGAUAGAAAAAUAGAACUCUAUGUAUUUUUAUGCUUCUGUAUAUAUUUAUGUUGUUCUUAAUGCAGCAGUAAGCAACUCACUUGUCCUUACUUAGCACCUACAUCCUGCUGGAUUGUCUUGACUUAUACUGCAUUGUUUGUUAGUGAUUGUCAAAAUAACAUGUCACUCAUAUUCACUUUUGAAGACAGACAAUGUCACAGGCAAACCUUUGUCUUGAGGUCAAAGAUCAACCAUACAGAUCAAGGUCACACAUAUAUAAGUCAGAGACUAAGUAUAGCUAUUAUACAGUUUGUUUAGAAUUGUUUAUCACACAAAUAUAAAAUAACUUGCCACAAGUGAUUACUGUGGUUAUAGCAUUUCCUGUGUGACACUGUAUGCCAUGUGUGUCUGGCUGAAAGGUCAAGGUCAAAUGUAAAUGUCAAAUAUGGCCUUGAAAUAGUUUGUCUGAUGUGCAACUUCACAUAUUAGGCAAAAUUGAAAAAAGAUGACACAAACAAGCACUGUGUGCAGUAGGUAAGUUAUGCACACAAUCUGUGUCCAUGUCUUAAGGGUCAUGGUCAAUAAGGUCAGAUAUGGGCAUUCUACAGUUUUUUCUUGAUUAUCUAAUAUGACAUGGACAAUAAAAUGAAUCAUGACAUUUAGUGUUGGCCCUUUGUCAGUGUUUAAACAUGUGUUGUGGAGUCUGUGUUGCUUACUAACGAUACAUUGGAGCUACUCUCUGUGAAAUAGGGCUUACUUCAUGUGCAGAAAGUCUCUUCCCAGAUAAGACUGUUCAGUUUGCUUAGGCUAAUCAGGGAGGACACUUUCUUAUUUUGGAAGUUGUUGUUGAAAGAAAGUCUUUUCUAAACAAAAAUCCAGUUAAGGGGGAAAUUUCACCCCUGAUAAGCCUGUACAGAUUGCCCUGUCCAAUCUGAGACGAUUCUUCACGCACAUGCAUUAAGCCCACUUGUCCCAGAGCACAGCUAAUUGUUAUUGUGGACCAUAAUUAACACCAACAUUCCUGAUUGAUUUCAGGUCUAUCAUCUACACACCAUUCAAGUGUUGUAACAAGAUGUUUCCAUUAAAACAUUCAAGUUCAUCUGAAGGGCUAAGUGAAUUGUCAAUCUAAUUUUGUUGAUUGGUUGAUACUGAACUUCCUAGUUGAUGUAACAUCGGUAUGUUAUCAGUACUGGUAACUGUUAAUGCUUAAAGCUUGUUUUCAUAAGCAUAAUAUUGCAGAUUAAUGUGAUUUUUUUAACUUUGAUUUGAAACAAAUAAGGUGCUUUUUAUUUUUUCUCCUUAUUGGAAAUAGGUAAUAUCCGUGGCUGAAAGAUUUAUAUUACUACAAAUGAGGGUCGUAAAUAAAAAUCUUCUAUCUGCUUCCAUAUCCCAAGUGCAAUAACACUGUAUUAUGUGAAUUUGGACAAAGACAUCAAACUUGGAAACAAUAUAAUUUUGGUGAUUAGCUCAAACAAAACUGUUCAUUUCAAGUUUUGAAUGUAUUUUUGUAAAAUUAUUUUAAUAUUUUUAGUAAAAUGAGCACUUUUCCAUGACUUUAUUUAACAGUGAUUGUAUUGUUAUCAUUUUAACUAUUUAAAACUUGGUUCAUGCGCACACGAAGGCACUUAUAUAUUUUCAUGAUUUAAAAAAAAAUCAACUUUAAAGUAAAGCCAAUAUGUGGUUAUAUAUGCAAGUGCCUAUUUUACAAAUAAUGUGUCAAAAUUAAUCAAUACAACAGGUAAAACGGAAUAUAAUAAUUUUUUGAAAAAACUGUUUAUAACAAGACGUCUUAUUCCAACUGCACAUAAUAGUGUGUUGAUUAUAUUUACAAGCCACCCUCACAUAAUCUGCCCUCCUCAGACAGUUGUCCAUGUACAAAUUUCCUGUAGCAAUAACCAAUUUGUGUUCCUUUCAUAUUGUUUUUGACUGUUUUAAAAGAACUUUUUACAGUUUUUCAUACUUCAUAAUUUUGUUUUUCAAUAUUUUGAUAAAUUGUGUUAGAUUUAUGUAUGUGUGUUUAAGUUUAAGUUUUUUAUGCCCCCCGUAGGGUGGCAUAUAGCAGUUGAACUGUCCGUCAGUCAGUAUGUCAGUAUGUGUGUAUGUAAGUCUGUCCGUCCGUCCGAAAAAAAACACUUUAACGUUUGCCAUAACUUUUUCAAUAUUGAAGAUAGCAACUUGAUAUUUGGCAUGCAUGUGCAUCUCACAGAGCUGAACAUUUAGAGUGGUGAAAGGUGAAGGUCAAGGUCAUCCUUCAAGGUCAAAUGUCUCAUAUAUGGCGUCUGUCCGUCCAAAAACUUAAACAUUGGCCAUAACUUUUUCACUAUUGAAAAUAGCAACUUGAUAUUUGGCAUGCAUGUGUAUCUCAUGAAGCUGAACAUUUUGAGUGGUGAAAGGUAAGGUCAAGGUCAUCCUUCAAGGUCAAAUGUAAAAUAAUGGUGUCUGUCCGUUCAAAAACUUUAACAUUGGCCAUAACUUUUUGUAAUAUUGAAGAUAGCAACUUGAUAUUUGGCAUGUAUGUGUAUCUCAUGAAGCUGCACAUUUUGAGUGGUGGAAGUUCAUGGUCAAGGUCAUCCUUCAAGGUUAAAGGUAUUUUUUAUUUUUUUUUAUUUCAAAGCGGCGUGCUCAUGAAGCUGCACAUUGUGAGUGGUGGAAGUUCAAGGUCAUCCUUCCAGGUCAAAGGUAAGAAAAAUAAAAAUAAAAUUUUUCAAAGCGGCGCAUUAGGGGGCAUUGUGUUUCUGAUGAACACAUCUCUUGUUUCAUUUUGCAUUGUUUUUAAAUUAUUUUUAAAAGGCGUGUAAAGUACACAUACUUAUUAGUUUUAUGAUUGCAAAUUCUUUUUAAAUUAUGCUGGUUUUAAGAGAAAUAUGUUAUCCUAUACCUCUUGAUAUUACACACUUUGUUUUAAGGUUAAACUAUGACCUAAGUUUCAGAUGGCUACAAUGUGUAGUGAGACCUUUUGUAAAAUAAACAAAAUGUGUUCUUU